AUGUCAGGUAUGAAAAAAGAAAAUACUAUGCUGGAUAAAAUUCACGUUCCAAAAAGGUCUAAAGAGCAUAAGGAAAACGAUGAAAAUUUAAAACUUGUUGAUGAAUUUCUUAUGAAUGAAACCAACAAUAGAACACAGCCUAACAAAAAACCACUUAUAAAUAAUAAAUCUUACAUUAAGAAGUCCAGUUCUCCUGGUAGAGUCAAGAAGAACAAAACAAUAACAUCUCCUAUGAAAUCACGCCCGAAAAGUAAGAAAAAAGACGCUACUGAAAGCAAAACGCAGAAAGAGAAUAAAGGUUCGUUUUACCAGGGUGCUAUCUUCGGUUCAUUCCUCGGUGCUGCUGUAACGACGGUUUUGAGUAACUUAGCAGUAAAAGCUUUACAAAACUAG